AUUUCCUAUGUCGGUCAUUUUUGACUGCAAAGAAGGUUGAGGUACCUCUUGGAUGAGAACAUCAUUCUGGAUGUGAUACAGUCACUAACAGAGACAAAGGUGCAGGUGAACAUGAUGCAUGUGGACGUAGUGACACUGACUGCCAUCGUUCUGUGCUUUCCUUUGUUCACAUUAUGUACCCCACUAUAUGUUUUGUCAGCUCCUAAUUUGCUGAGAGUGGGUUCCUCAGAGAACGUGUUUGUGGAGGCUCAGGAUCACACUGGAGGAAACCUGAACGUAAGGAUCAUAGUAAAGAACCACCCAAAGAAGAACCUGGAAAUACUGUCCAAAUCAGUGACACUGACUGCAGACAACAAUUACCAGAUCCUUACCGAUAUAAAGAUCCCAGGUGAUCAGAACUACUUCUCUGAUGAUCCUCUGGAGAAGCAGUAUGUGUAUCUACAAGCUCAAUUUCCAUCCAGCACUCUGGAGAAAGUGGUCAUGGUCUCAUUCCAGUCUGGAUAUAUAUUUGUACAGACAGACAAGCCCAUCUACACGCCUGCUAGCACAGUAAAUUACAGGGUCUUCUCCUUAACUCCUGAUCAACAUCCAUUUGAUGGAGUUUCUGUCUCAGUCGAUAUCAUGAAUCCUCAAGGCAUCACACUCGACAGAGAUAAGUUCCUUCCAAGGGGAGGCAUCAGGACUGAAAACUUUCCUUUGCCUGAAAUUGCCAGUCCUGGGGUUUGGAAGUUGAUUGCAAAGUACUCAAAUACACCACAAAAGAACUUCACUACUGAGUUUGAAGUUAUGGAAUAUGUGUUGCCGAGCUUUGAAGUGACCUUAAAUCCAAGAAAACCCUUCUUCUAUGUGAAUGAGCGCUCUCUGACAGUAGACAUAUCAGCUAAGUACCUGUUUGGUAAUAAGGUUAGAGGAAGUGCUUUUGUGGUGUUUGGUGUGGUAGACAAUGAGAAGAAAAUCAGCAUUGCUGCCUCACUGCAAAGAGUUCAGAUAUUUGAUGGAGAAGGAGAGGCAGAGUUGACAAGAACAAUGAUCAAGGAAAAUUUCCCAGACAUCCUCCAGCUAGUUGGGAAGUCUCUUUACAUUUCAGCCAGUGUUUUAACAGAAACUGGCAGUGAAAUGGUGGAAGCUCACAGGAGAGGCAUUCAGAUUGUGACAUCACCGUACACCAUCCACUUCAAAAGAACACCACAAUUCUUCAAACCUGGGAUGUCCUUUGAUGUCUCGGUCUAUGUAACAAAUCCUGACCAGACACCUGCUAAAAAUGUGGAAGUUGAGGUCAAUCCUGGAGGGGUCAGAGGCAGAACUAAAGCCAAUGGCAUAGCGAAGGUUACCAUCAAUACUCAGGGAGGAUCUUCCACACUGGAGAUCACUGCAAAGACCAAAGAUCCACUAUUAAGCGAUGAUCAGCAGGCAACAAAAAAGAUGACGGCUCAGGCAUACACGCCCAAAGGCGGCUCCAACAACUACCUGCACAUCGGCAUUGAUACUGCAGAGCUUCAGAUCGGUGAUCAAAUGAAAGUCAAUUUGAAUCUGGGAAACAGCCCUGGCGUAAUAAACCAGGAUUUCACCUAUAUGAUCUUGAGUAAAGGUCAGAUCGUUCAAGCAGACAGGUUUAAGAGGAAAGGACAAUCUCUGGUGACUCUGUCUCUGCUUGUAACCAAAGACAUGGUGCCGUCCUUCCGCUUCGUGGCUUAUUACCAUGUGGGCACGUCUGAGGUGGUUUCUGAUUCAGUCUGGGUCGACGUGAAGGACACGUGCAUGGGAACGCUCAAAGUCGAGGUGAAGGACCAGGCGCAAUAUGGCCCUGGAGAUCAGCUCAGCCUGAAAAUAACUGGAGACCCCGGAGCUAUAGUUGGGCUGGUCGCUGUAGAUAAGGGUGUAUAUGUCCUUAAUGACAAGAACAGACUCACUCAGACUAAGAUCUGGGACAUCAUAGAGAAACAUGACACCGGCUGUACGGCAGGAAGUGGAAGGGACAGUAUGGGGGUUUUCAGUGAUGCAGGACUGAUAUUUGAGUCCAGCACUGCAGGAGGAACAAACACCAGAACAAAUACAGAGUGUCCUGUCCCGUCUAAGAGAAAACGGCGAGCUGAGAGUCUUCUGCAGCUCACCACUACUUUGGCUGGCAAAUACUCUGGGGAACUGAAGAAGUGCUGCGUGGAUGGCAUGCAAGAAAAUGACCUUGUCUACACAUGUGAACGGCGAGCCAGCUUCAUCUUAGAUGAAGAAGAAUGUGUCCAGGCCUUCCUGCAUUGCUGCAAAGAGAUCAAAGACCACCGGACAAAGUACUCGGGCGAGGAUGAGAUGUUUCUGGCCCGCAGCGAGGAAGAUGAAUUUGAUGAUCAACCAGAUGACGUGUUGGUACGUACACAGUUUCCUGAAAGCUGGCUCUGGGAGGACAUCACUCUACCUACUUGUCCUUCAAACCAGUUGUGUGAUGAAACGACUGCCUUAAGGACUGGAAUAUAUCUGAAAGACUCCAUCACAACCUGGCAGAUCACAGCCAUCAGCCUGUCCAAGACCCUCGGAAUAUGUGUGGCAGAUCCUUAUGAGAUCACCGUUAAAAAGGAUUUUUUUAUUGAUCUAAGGAUGCCUUAUUCAGUGGUGCGGAAUGAACAAGUGGAAAUAAAGGCUAUUGUUCACAAUUACAGCAAUCAGAAGAUUAAAUCAGUGCGUAUCAAAUUCAAGACUUCAGAGGGUAUUUGCAGCAGCGCCAGAAAAAAGCAGAACAGCAGGAUAACAGUUGCCGUCGGCCCCAUGUCCUCCACAGCCGUUCCUCUCAUCAUCAUCCCCAUGGAUAUCCAUGAGCAAUGGAUUGAAGCUGAAGCAUACAGCUCCAAUCGCAAUGACGCGAUUAGAAAGAAUCUGAAGGUGGUGUCUGAAGGUGUGUUAACCGAAGUGGAAGAGCGAGUUGUGGAGAUCAACCCCUCUGAGCACCCAGACGGCGUGCAGGUCGUGGCGAUGAGGAGUGACAUCCCACGUCGAAGGGUUCCCAACACACCUGCUUCCACACUGAUCACAGUGAUAGGUGAAGAGAUAACGCGUACAGUCGAGCAGGCCAUCAGUGGACAUUUUAUGGGUCAACUCAUUGUCCAGCCCCAUGGAUGUGGAGAGCAGACCAUGAUCAGUAUGACUCUACCUGUCAUUGCCACUCAUUAUCUGGACAGCACCAAGCAGUGGGAGGCUGUUGGCAUAGACCGCCGUAAUGAAGCCGUUAAACAUAUCAACACAGGUUAUCAGCUGGAGUUGACUUUCCGUAAAUCUGACGGGUCCUAUGCUGCCUGGUUACACCGGCCGAGUAGCACAUGGCUGACAGCAUAUGUGGCGAAAGUGUUCGCGAUGGCCAGCGAUCUGAUCGUCAUAGAGGAGAAUGUGAUCUGCAGCGCCCUCAAAUGGCUGGCCAUAAACAAACAGCUGCCAGACGGCACAUUUAAAGAAGAUGCCCCUGUGUAUCACAGCGAGAUGGUUGGUAACGUACGGGGAAAAGACGCUGAUGCCUCACUAACUGCAUUUGCCCUAAUUGCCAUGCAAGAGGGGCACAAGAUCUGUGCUCGAUCUGUCCAAAGUCUUCAGAACAGCAUAAACAGAGCUGUUAAUUACCUGACGCUGAGAGUUCACAGUCUGACCAGCACUUAUGCUGUCGCUAUAACUUCUUAUGCUUUGGCCCAUGCUGGAAAACUGGAAAAAGACAUCCUGAUGAGUCAUUCCACCGAAAGCAAAGAUGGCAUAUAUUGGCAAGUUCCUGGGCAGCACCAUCACUCUCUAGAGGCCACAGGUUAUGCAGUUCUUGCCCUGGUGAUGGCGAAAGAUUUUGAGAAAGCCGGAAAGGCAGUGCGUUGGCUGGGAAAGCAACAAACCCGCUUCGGAGGUUAUGGCACCACUCAGGCAACAAUCAUGGUGUUCCAAGGCGUGGCUGAGUAUCGCAUCCAGGUUAAGAAGGUAGACAUUAAUUUGGACCUGGAGCUGGCUGUGCAGGAGAGAUCAAACAACAAGAAGAUCGCUAUAAGACAUUCCAACCUUAAUCUUGCACGCUCUGACAAGUUCGACAUUACGAAGAGCUUCAACAUCACCGCUCAAGGGACUGGGGUGGCCAUGCUCUCGGUGUUUUCUCUGUAUUAUGCUCUGCCUGAAGAGAAAGACGAUGACUGUAAUGUGUUUGAUCUCAGUGUGACCAUGGACAAACAGGAUGAAGUGUCCUAUGAUGGAGCCACUGAAAGUUAUAAACUUACCAUUGAAUACAUUUUCAAGGACCCGUUAAGAAGCUCAACCAUGUCUAUUUUGGACAUUGGCCUGCUGACAGGGUUUAAAGUGGAUGAACGUGAUCUUUCAAAGUUGUCUUCUGGUAAGGAUAAGUACAUUCAGAGCUUUGAGUUGAACAAGGAGCUGUCAGAGCGAGGAUCUCUUAUCAUCUACAUAGAUAAGGUUUCUCAUAAAGAGACGGAAAGAAUUGUUUUCAGAGUUCACAAGAUCAAUGAAGUGGGAAUGCUGCAGCCUGCCGGCGUCACUGUGUACGAGUACAACACUCCAGAUAAGCGUUGUGUGAAGUUCUACCAUCCUCAUAAGAAAGACGGUGCAUUGAACAGACUCUGCAGUGAGGAGCUGUGCCAGUGUGCGGAAGAGAACUGCAGUUUGCAAAAGAAUGGAAAGAUUGAUGAGGACAAUCGUGAAGAAAAGGCCUGUGAACAUGAAGUGGAAUAUGUUUAUAAAACCAGGCUGUUGCAAAUGAGCUUCUCACUGCACGCAGACAUCUACAACAUGACAGUUGAACAAGUGCUAAAGGAAGGCACUGAUCCAGAUGCUGAAGGGAGUAUGAGGUCAUUCUUGGCUCAUCCUUACUGUAGAGACUUUCUGAAAUUUGAAAGAGGCAAGACGUACCUGAUCAUGGGCCAAACCAAGACCCUUCCAAAGAUUGGUGGAAAGUUGCGGUACCACUUGGGUGAAGACACCUGGAUUGAAUACUGGCCGUCAGACAAGGAAGGCCAGACGGCCGAACAUCGAGCAAAGUAUAUCGGCCUCACCUCGCUCGCCAACAAGCUCAGCCGAUUUGGAUGCUCCACAUAAGCAUUUUCAUGAGCUGAAAUUCAUUUACUAAUCUUUUAAUUCUAGUAGGCCUAUAUUAUUUCCAGAUUUACAAGCAUUUACAGCCUUUUUGUUUUAAAGUUCAUGCAGUAUGCUCAAUUAAAUUAGUUCAACAUAAUGUCUAUCAACUGAAAUAUAAUCAUUUAAAGCCAUUUGUCAAAUAAAAUUUGCAAACAUA